CCCAGUGCCUAUGAGGAGGUGGACUGGUGCCUCGAGUGUACCACAGAAAUCCCUGAUGCCCAGGAGCUGAAGGAGUGGAUGACUGUGGGGAAGAGGAAGAUGAUGAUUGAAGAUGAAACAGAGUUCUGCAAUGAAGAGCUUUUACGUAAUGUCCUGCAGUGCAAGAGUGUGUUUGAUGAGCUGGAUGGAGAAGAAAUGCGUCGAGCCCGAACAAGGUCUAACCCCUACGAGAUGAUCCGUGGAGCUUUCUUCCUGAACAGGGCUGCAAUGAAGAUGGCAAAUAUGGACCAUGUCUUUGACUAUAUGUUUACAAACCCUAAGGACUUCCAUGGGAAGCCUUUGAUAAAGGAGCGAGACGCAGAGCUGCUCUACUUUGCUGAUGUGUGUGCCGGUCCUGGAGGCUUCUCCGAGUAUGUCUUGUGGCGGCGGAAGUGGCACGCGAAAGGGUUUGGCAUGACUUUGAAAGGACCAAAUGAUUUUAAGCUGGAGGACUUCUAUUCUGCUUCCAGUGAGCUCUUUGAACCUUAUUAUGGAGAGGGAGGAAUUGAUGGUGAUGGAGACAUCACUCGGCCAGAGAACAUUACUGCUUUCCGGAAUUUUGUUUUGGACAAUACUGAUCACAAAGGAGUUCAUUUCUUAAUGGCUGAUGGGGGGUUUUCAGUGGAGGGUCAGGAGAAUCUGCAAGAAAUCCUAAGUAAACAGCUCAUGCUUUGCCAGUUCCUUACAGCACUGUCCAUUGUCCGGACAGGAGGACAUUUUGUCUGCAAAACCUUUGACUUGUUCACUCCAUUCAGUGUGGGACUUGUUUAUCUGCUGUAUUGCUGCUUUGAGCGAGUGUGCAUCUUCAAACCUGUGACAAGCCGCCCUGCUAACUCAGAGAGGUAUGUGAUAUGCAAAGGAUUAAAGCUAGGGAUCGACGAUGUGCGGGACUAUCUCUUCACGGUGAACAUCAGACUCAACCAGCUGCGCAACUCUGAUGUGGAUGUGAAUCUCGUUGUCCCACUGAAUGUGAUCAAAGGCGACCAGGAUUUCUAUGAUUACAUUGUCCAGUCCAAUGAAAACCACUGUAAAGUUCAGAUAAAGGCACUAGCCAAAAUUCGUGCCUUUGUUCAAGACACGACCCUGAUUGAGCCACGGCAGGCUGAAAUCCGAAAGGAAUGUCUCCAGCUAUGGGGGAUUCCUGAUCAGGCUCGUGUUGCUCCUUCAUCUUCAGAUCCUAAGUCCAAGUUCUUUGAGCUGAUUCAGGGCACAGACAUUGAGACCUUCAGUUACAAACCCACUCCUCUGAAUUCCACUACACUGGAGAAGAUUCGCCAAGUGUUAGAUUACCGGUGCAUGGUGUCUGGAAGUGAGCAGAAAUUCCUCUUGGGGCUCGGAAAAUCGCAGAUUUACACCUGGGAUGGUCGCCAGUCAGAUCGCUGGACAAAGCUGGAUUUGAAAACUGAGCUGCCACGAGAUACCCUUCUCUCUGUGGAGAUUGUUCAUGAAUUGAAGGGAGAGGGGAAAGCCCAGCGAAAAAUCAGUGCCAUCCACAUCCUUGAUGUCUUGGUGCUGAACGGCAAUGACGUUCGAAAGCAGCAUUUCAACCAGAGGAUUCAGCUGGCGGAGAAAUUUGUCAAAGCUGUUUCUAAACCUAGCCGGCCAGAUAUGAACCCCAUCCGAGUGAAGGAAGUGUACAGAUUGGAGGAAAUGGAGAAGAUUUUUGUGAGGUUAGAGAUGAAAAUCAUCAAGAGCUCAGGGGGAAUACCCCGGCUGUCCUACACUGGCCGAGAUGACCGGCACUUUGUGCCCACAGGACUCUACAUUGUACGGACUGUGAAUGAUCCUUGGACAAUGGCAUACAGCAAAAACUGCAGGAGGAAAUUCUUCUUCAACAAAAUGACGAAGGAAUCAACAUAUGAACUCCCUUCCGAAUCCAUCGCACCCUUUCACAUCUGCCAUUACAGCCGUCUCUUCUGGGAGUGGGGGGAAGGUGUCAAAGUGCAUGACACUCAGAAAAGGCAAGAUCCAGAGAAGCUAUCAAAGGAGGAUGUCCUGUCUUUCAUCCAAGCGCACUACCCCUAACCCUGCUCUCCUGAGGGGUGCAGGAGGGGCUGAGCCCGGCUUGGACUCUUCAGGGACUGAUGAGACUGGGGAGGCUCCACAACUAUCCUGGUCUUCUCCAGAGCUGAUUUCCUGGAGGUGACUGAACCAGGGGGUGGUAUGCAGAAGGCACAGGACGAGGCUCUACCCUGGCAGUGUAUAUAAGAGUAUGGCCCAGGUAGUGCCUGCUGCUGGAGUACCCGUGGUGACUCCUGGAGCCGAGGCCUGACACCCUUUUGUCCUGACCUAGUGCAUGUACGAGGCCAAGGGGCUGGCAGCUUUCUUUGCUCCUAUUCAGUUCAGCGAGGUUGGUGGAGCUCUGUGUGUGCUAGAACUCUCCAGGCUUGUGCUUCCCUGGUAGUGUGGGAAGGACCAGAGAUGUCUUGGUGGCAGAGCUGGGGAACAGCACAUUGAAGCUGCCCUGCGUCCUUCCUGGCAGCUGUCU